ACACUGACACCUCCCCUCCCUCUCAGAACCAGGGAAGGAGCUGCGGGGAACGUUGCAGCCUAAGAGGUGGCAGCGGUUGCCGCAGUGUUAGCUUGGCAAACACGUGGCCCUCCCGGUCCUCCGCGUAGCACCAAAGCCCUCGUACCCUCUUGGGGAGUCAGCCCACCCCUUUCCCCGGGUGUGUUAGCUAUCCCAGGGCUGGAGGGCGCCCACCCGCACUGCAUCUUAGCCCACACCACAGCGCCGGGAUGGUCACGUCGUGAUGGAUGGAUUGCGCAACUGCUGAUGGACCUCGAAGACCAAAAAAAAAGGGCAGAAUAACAACGCAAGAGCCCCAGGACUUGCUCUCCGGAUAGCUUGCAGAGAGGGAAUGCAAGCCCAGAAUCAACUAUGCAUCCUUCUCAGGAGUAAGAGCACAGCCAGGGAGGGAUCCUCGGCCGCCCUGGCUGGGCUGCGUCCCCGAGGCGCCCGGCAGAAAAGCCACGACCUUGGGCUCGGAGGCUUCAGAGAUGUUCCUAGAGGAAGGAGGCUGUCAGAGAGAAAGUUGCAUUUUCUUCGGUGCACUUCCUGUAGCGCAGCCUGCAGUCUUCCAGCCAGGUUGCCUGGGUCCGCUGCACGCACCCCCUCUUCUGCUCUAGAGCCCAGGGCUUGUGUGCAUGGUUGUUGCAGCCCGUGUGUUCUUUCCUUAGCUCGCUACUGGUCGCAGGCGCAUUGAGGAAAGAGGCCGCUUAGUUGGCACUGAGCAGUUGCCCCGGGUCCCCCUCUCUCCCCUGAAAGCGUGAGUCCCCGCGGCUGCCGGAACCCUUCUGCUUCUAGCUAAGAGGAGUCCGUGGGCAUGUGCAACCUGGUGGAAGAGCUCCACGCGGAGCAGCAUUUUCUUUGACUUUGUGCUUUGCUCCUGAUGACCCUCGCGGGAGAAAGAGGACAUUUGAACUCCACGGUGGUUCUUCAUCGCCGCCACCUCGCGGGGUGACAGCAGCGGCGGCGAAUUACCGGCCCCUGGCUCCCACUCCCCUGACAGCUUCCGAAGUCCCCAUUAUGGGAAGUGCGGCCAUGGACACCAAGAAGAAGAAAGAUGUUUCAAGCCCCGGAGGGAGCAGCGGCAAAAAGAGUUCGGGCCAGAAGAAGCGAUCGCUGCGGGUGCACAUCCCAGAUCUUAGCUCUUUUGCCAUGCCGUUCUUAGAUGGAGACCUGGAAAGCUCAGAAAAGCAUGCUUCCCGGAAGGUGGACAGUCCUUUCAGUUCUGGGAGUCCUUCCAAAGGGUUUUUCUCCAGAGGCCCUCAGCAUCGGCCCUCCAGCCCGGUGUCAGCCCCGGUGAGGGCCAGGAACAGCCCAGGCUCUCCCAAAACGGUGUUCCCGUUCCCCUACCAGGAGUCUCCUCCCAGAUCUCCUCGGCGCAUGAGCUUCAGUGGCAUCUUUCGCUCCUCCUCCAAAGAGUCCUCCCCGAACUCCAACCCAUCUACCUCACCUGGGGGGAUCAAGUUUUUUUCCCGCUCGAAAAAAACCUCCGGCCUUUCGUCUUCACCAUCCACCCCUACUCAAGUGAUCAAGCAGCACACUUUCCCUCUUGAAUCCUAUAAGAAUGAACGUGAGAGAUUAGAAACUCGGAUUUAUGCCUCCUCUUCUCCCCCAGACACAGGCCAGAGGUUCUGCCUGCCUUCCUUCCAGAGUUCCGCCAAGCCUCCCUCUGCAGCCUCAGCUCCCUGUGCUACCUCCACAACAGCGGCUGUAGCAGCGGCCGCGGCGGCAGCAGCAGUUGCAGCAGCAGCAGCCCCAGGAACCGCUGAAGCCGGCAUGCUGGAGAAAUUAGAGUUAGAAGAGGAAGCAAUAGAAGAAUCCGAAAGUGAUAUUUACAUGCGAUUCAUGAAGUCACACAAGUGUUACGACAUUGUUCCAACCAGCUCGAAGCUUGUUGUCUUUGACACUACCUUACAAGUUAAAAAGGCCUUUUUUGCCUUGGUAGCAAAUGGUGUUCGAGCAGCGCCACUGUGGGAGAGUAAGAAACAGAGUUUUGUAGGAAUGCUAACAAUUACAGAUUUCAUAAAUAUACUACAUAGAUAUUAUAAAUCUCCAAUGGUACAGAUUUAUGAAUUAGAAGAACAUAAGAUUGAAACGUGGAGGGAACUUUAUUUACAAGAAACAUUCAAACCUUUAGUGAAUAUAUCCCCAGAUGCAAGUCUCUUCGAUGCUGUAAACUCAUUGAUCAAAAAUAAAAUCCACAGAUUGCCAGUAAUCGACCCUGUCAGUGGGAACGCACUUUAUAUACUUACCCACAAAAGAAUACUCAAGUUUCUUCAGCUAUUUGUGUCUGAGAUGCCAAAGCCUGCCUUCAUGAAACAGAACCUAGAUGAACUUGGAAUAGGAACAUACCACAACAUUGCCUUUAUACAUCCAGACACUCCUAUCAUUAAAGCCUUGAAUAUAUUUGUAGAAAGACGGAUAUCAGCUUUGCCUGUUGUGGAUGAGUCAGGAAAAGUUGUAGAUAUUUAUUCCAAAUUUGAUGUAAUAAACCUUGCUGCUGAAAAAACAUAUAAUAACUUAGAUAUCACAGUGACGCAAGCCCUUCAGCACCGCUCCCAAUAUUUUGAAGGUGUUGUGAAGUGCAGCAAGCUGGAAACACUGGAGACCAUCGUGGAUAGGAUAGUAAAAGCUGAGGUUCAUCGGCUGGUGGUAGUAAAUGAAGCAGAUAGCAUUGUGGGUAUCAUCUCACUGUCAGACAUUCUACAAGCCCUGGUACUCACACCAGCAGGUGCCAAACAAAAGGAAAGUGAAGCAGAAUGACCACGGUGAACAUAGAAGCCUUGAGUGAAUGUAGGAGAACAUGAACAAAGUUUCUGGGUCAAGUUUUUGCCUCACGAACACUGACUGCAAUAGAAGAGAGUAAUGGUUAUGAGAAUGUCGAUCAGGAUAGAGUGUUGGGUAAUGAAUCUUAUUUUCCCCAGUGAUGUCUAAACUAAGCAUGACAGAGAGAGCUUGAUAGGUUUAAAGAUUGUCAUAUUAAAAUAUAUAUCUCCAGACCUUUUCUGAAAGAUUUAAUAUGCUAUCAUCCUUUAAAUUUGUACUACAUCCUGAAAUUCUAUCACUUUUUGCAACUGAAAGAGCUCAUUGAUAGCUAAGUAACAGGUAAAUGUGACAUAAGGUGAGUGUAUGGCAUAUUCCUAACCUAGUGCCUUAUGUCAGAAUACAGCAAUAUGUCAUCACUGUUGCCCAUCACUGUUGGAGAAAGUAUUUGUGUGAAGAGAAAACUGUGUUUGAAUGUGAAAGUCUUUGAACCUAUUACCAAAUCAGUUUAAGUUGUCAUUAGAUUUGUCAUUAAAGCUGUACUUUGAAUAUAAAUAGAUUUACUUUAAAACUUUAACGAGUUUUGUGUUUAAAUGUCGCAUUCUGGACUAAGAUGUAAAACAAGACCGAUUUUAAAAACAGCUUUAUUUAUUUUUACUUUCAUGGCAAUUUUUUACACAUCUUUUGGUGGAUAGUUAAAACUUCACCAUAUCCAUUAAUAAACUGUUGAUUGUUAUACAAAAACAUGGCAGAUUUCUCGUUAUUUGUUUGGACCUGAAGAGGAUAUGGCUUCUUGAAUAGCCUUUAUUAGACUUAAAAAGUUAAAAGUUUCUAAAAGCAUGCAUUGAAACCUAAUUACUCUGUACUGUAUUGUAAAUAGGCAGCGGUUAUCGAGGAAAUGAAGUGCCAGAGAAAUGUCUAUUUUUUCUUGUGUAUUGCAAUGUAAAAUCAUGACGUUUGUAUGACUGCUGAUACAACUUUUUUUUUUUUGUAAAUUUUAUUGUGGCAUAUACAGUAUUGUCAUAUAGUUGCAAGGAGAGAGGAACAUUGCCUAAUGUAAAUGCUCUGAAAAUGUUGAGACUAUAUAAUUGUAGAUUUCCUUUGCAGAUUGAAGAAAUUAAAACAAGUCCUACUAUCUUUCAUUUUGUUAGAGGAGUUCUUAAAAAAUAUCACGUAUUUCUGCAUGUAUUGAAUAAGAUUCUACAUGCCUUUUUUCACUCAAAUAUCUAUCUCCAUUUAAAGCCGAAUGAAUACUUUUGUCCUCACCCCCUCCAUCAAAAGAACUUUUUUAUUGAUUGCUUAAUUCUUAGUUUCUUUACCUUCCCAUUAUAAAACAUGAUUAUAUUUCAUUUAAAAUUGCCAAGAACAUUUUCUUGUAAUAAGGUGCCAGUUUUUCUUUUCUUAGUAGAGCAAAUCUUCUAUUUGUGUCUCUGUUCCCAGUUUGUGUCUGUCUGUGCACAUGUGUGCAUGUUUGUUUUCACCUAUGCAUUAACGCUUUGGAAAAUAAUCGUAGCUAUUUAGGCUGCAGAGCAGCUGCAUCACUUAUUCAACUUGUGGAUCACAAAAUACCCAUGCCACGCUUUGUGAAAAAUAACAUUUUUGUUUGUACAAUCGGGCAGAGGCUGUAUGGUCCAUCAUUUAAAUGUUGACUUUCCUUCAAUGAGAAAUGGUAGAACUAUGGGGUUUUUUAUUAGCUUUACUUUUUGGAAGGAGGGAGGAAGCAAGAAAGCUAGGAAGCUGACACUUAACAACAUCGUCUUGAAGCCUGGACAGUGCCUUAAUCCAGAUUUACUCCUGUGACAGCAUUACAAGUGCCCCUCUCCCCCCCACCACCUCAUGCCCCUAAAUUGAUAUUGCUCAGAGCCUCUAGUUCUUGUUCUUUAGGAAACAGCUGAUGGUGAUUUCCCACUGCUGCUGAAGUAGGGAAGAGUCUUCACAUCAAAAAACAGCAGCCAGAGCCAUCUGAACAUUCCUUACCUUUCACAUGCACAUCGCAUUCAGCAGAGGGCUUCUAUCUUCUCUAUGUUUAAAGUAGUCAUAAGAUCUAGUAGUUAAGAGAAUGGCAGGUUCAUGUAAAAGUAUAAUGAAGAUUUGCAGAAGUUAUUCAGAAUUGUUUUUAAAGUGAAGCACAUUUUUUUGGAGGGGGGGCAGCAUUAAGGUCCAUAUUAUGAAUUAGCUACUGCUUUCUUUCUCCAAGAGUAGUAAGGUAUGCCACAUAAAAAGUGUAAGGACAAGGCAUUUUAUUCAUAUUGUUUACCUGUGCAUCUCUGGAAGUAAGAUGGAUGAGCUCAUAAAUAUCUGUGUCUCCCCCCCUCCGCCAAUAGUGUUUUGAGUUAUUUUGGUUUAUGUAUAGCCCUAUGUACUUAACAUAGCUAAAAUUAUGAUUGUAUGUUACAAACAAUAGUUGCUUCCGGGUUUUUAUUUUUUUUAUUCUGUCAUCACCACCUUUCUUAAGCAACUAGGACAGGGAUUCAUAAGCUUUUUGUGUGUCAUAGAUCCUUUUGACAGUCUGAUGAAGUCUAUGGACCCCUCCUCAGAAUCAUGUUUUUAAAUGCAUAAAAUAAAAUAGGUUUACAAAGGAAACCAAUUCUAUUGAAAUUCAGUUAUUAAAAUAUUUUCUUAACAAAUUCAUAGACCCCAGGCUAAAAAGCCCCUGGUCUAGGGUCUUAAAGUACAUAUUUUUGAAGACUUGUGCAAAAAAGUUCUGUGUGUAUUAAAUACAUUCUUAGUCACUCCAUAAAGGCAGGCCUAGAGAGAGCAGCUGGAAGUCAAGUGUUGUAGUUCCCUAGUGAAGCAGGGCUACAGAGAGGGUCACCCAAGUUCUUGUUACCAACCCAGAAAGAUGACGCACUUAGUCAAAAAUAAAAGUUCUCACCAUUGCCUUUAGCAACAGAGCAUAAAGAAAUGGGCAUUGAAUCCUAUGCCAAACAAAGAUCAGAUUACUCCUGUGUCUUGUACCCUUUCUAACUUGUAAAACUUGUGUUUCCUCUCUGAGCCUCAGUUUUCCCAUCUAUAAAGUGAGGAAGUUGUCCUAGAUAACCUCUUAGGUUCCUUCCUGCUAUAGAAGUCUGUGUGAUAAACUUCAGUGUGUUAAUAAUGGUUUUGAUAAUACACAUCAAAUCAAAAUGUUCCUGAAAUAACAAUAUAGGGACACAUACAAACCAUGGCUUUCAAUACAGAAAUCGCUCGGCAGUCUCUGGGGAAUGACGUUGCACCCUAACUACUCAGCUAAAAAAAUGCACUUAUCCUUGGAGGGAGAAAGCUAUCAGAUAGCCUCUAAAGGCAAUGGAGUCAUUGUGGGAACAGGUCAGUGAUGAACCCUCUGGGUUCAUAGGGUCAUAACCCCUUAUGUGCUUUCCUGUUCUCUGAGUACUUUCACAGGAUUUCUACCCUAUGCAUUUCUAUAUAGAGACAAAUCUUUCCCUGUAGUAUGGACACACUCUUAGGAGAAAAUUUCCAUCUGCAGCCAAAUCCUUUGGGAAAUCUCUGGAAAACAGCAAAUUCCACUCUACAAUAUUUUUGCCUUCAUGAAAUACUAUAAAACAGACACAAAGAUUGUUUUUUUUUUCCACACAAGAUUACAUUGCAAGAGUUCAGUUUGCUGAUUUUUAAACAAAGUAGACUUGUAUUUACACAGCAUACUUUUAAAAAAAAAAUCCCUUGAAGUUUUUUCUUUUGCGUAGUAAAGUGAUAACAUAGUUCCCUUUAAUAAAGGAUGUUCAUACUUUA